AUGGCCAAGGCAGUAAGGUUGGAGGCAAGAGUGGUGAACGCUAUUCUGGCCAAACGCGGUAUCUCAUACACUGCAGAUCGUGGUGUCAACACCUUUUCGCCCGAGGGACGGUUGUUCCAAGUCGGUAUUCGUACCCCUGAAGGAGUGGUAUUAGGAGUCGAAAAGCGCGUCCCAUCACCCCUCCUAGAGUCCUCUUCCGUUGAAAAAAUCAUGGAAAUCGAUACGCACAUUGGAUGCGCCAUGUCCGGACUGACUGCCGACGCGCGUACCAUGAUCGACCAUGCAAGAGUCACUAGCCAGAACCAUGCUUUUACAUAUGAUGAACCGAUUGGUGUAGAGAGUGUUACGCAGGCUGUCUGUGAUCUUGCUCUGAGGUUCGGUGAGAGUAUGGAUAACGAAAGUGCAAUGAUGAGUCGACCGUUCGGUGUUGCUCUAUUGAUUGCUGGUAUUGAUGAGAAAGGUCCUCAAUUAUAUCAUGCCGAUCCGUCUGGAACAUACACCCGCUACGAGGCCAAGGCAAUAGGGAGUGGCUCUGAAGCUGCCCAAAGUGAUCUACAAGACAAAUACCAUAAGCAAAUGACACUUCUGGAAGCUCAACACCUCGUACUGCGUGUUCUGAAACAAGUGAUGGAGGAAAAAUUGGAUCAUCACAAUAUUCAACUAGCGCAAGUAACCAAGGAAAAAGGGUUCCAGAUUCUCACAGAGACCGAGUUACAAGGGCUUAUUGAUUCAAUGCCCGCAGCACCUGCACCAGGAACUACAUAA